GCAUAGUAUAAUUUCUGUCACAGUUCAAAUUCCGAAAAAAGAGCAUUGUAAUUGAAUCUUAUCUUAUCAGUGUAAACUUGGAGUACAAAAAGUUGUUUAUACACAACAACAUUAUGUCAUUUAAUUUCAUUCCACUCUGAUUCUUGCACAUUUUCAUUGCCUAAUAAAAUAAAAAUGGCUUCAGUUUUGCCAAAAAUUUCGAGAGUUAUUGUGAGCAAACCCUGUAGAAAAACAUUCAGUAGUUCAGCGAGACAUUCAAACGGUUACAAUUUUGAACUGAGCGAAACUCAGAAAGAGUUUCAAGCCGUUGCUCGAAAAUUUACAAGGGAAGAAAUAAUUCCGGCUGCACCUUAUCAUGACCGGAAUAAUGAAUAUCCGAAAGAACUUAUCAAAAAAGCCUGGUCUUUGGGGCUCAUGAACGGCCACAUUCCUGAAUAUUUGGGGGGCCUUCAGCAGGGCGUUUUCGAUAUUUGCCUAACUGGUGAGGAAUUGGCUUACGGGUGCACUGGAAUUUUCACUGCAGUUGAUUCCUCCAACCUUGGACAAAUCCCAGUGGUAAUAGCUGGGACUAAAGACCAACAAAAAAAAUAUUUGGGCCGUUUUUUGGACGAACCUUUAGUUGCCGCUUAUGCAGUUACUGAACCUGGGGCAGGUUCUGACGUUAGUGGGAUUAAAACCAAAGCCGUGAAAAAAGGCUCUGAGUGGGUCCUCAAUGGCCAAAAAAUGUGGAUAACAAAUGGGGGCGUUGCCAACUGGUAUUUUGUCCUUGCUCGCACUAACCCUGACCCUAAAUGUCCCGCUGGGAAAGCCUUCACCGGUUUUAUCGUCGAGCGGGACUUCCCUGGAGUCACUCCAGGUCGCAAGGAACUAAACAUGGGGCAAAGAGCGUCCGACACGCGCGGGAUCACCUUCGAGGAUGUUGUCAUCCCCCAGGAAAAUGUCCUCCUUGGUGAAGGCGCCGGUUUUAAGAUUGCGAUGAGUACUUUUGAUAAAACUAGGCCUUCGGUGGCUUGUGGGGCUACUGGUUUGGCUCAGAGGUGUCUUGACGAAGCUACGAAAUAUUCGCUCGAACGUAAAACUUUCGGUGUUCCGAUUGUCUACCACCAAGCUGUGGCUUUUAUGUUGGCUGAUAUGGCCAUUGGGGUUGAGACGGCCAGGUUGGCUUGGAUGAAAGCUGCAUGGGAGGCCGAUCAAGGGAUAAGGAAUAGUCUUUCGGCGGCCAUUGCCAAAGCACACGCCAGUGAAGUUGCCAACAAAAAUGCCUCUGAUGCGGUCCAGGUGUUUGGUGGUGCAGGUUUUAACAGUGAAUAUCCUGUGGAGAAGCUGAUGAGAGAUGCAAAGAUUUUCCAAAUUUACGAAGGAACGACACAAAUUCAGAAAAUUGUAAUUUCGAGAAAUGUAUUAAGUGAAAGUCGGAAAUAAAAAAAUAUGAGAGGUU